AGUAUAUCCGCUCAUUUCGAUCAUGGCCUUCUCCAUCCUUUCCCGUCAAUCGGAAGCGGCGUUUAGAUUGGCUUCUCUCUCAUUUCGAUCGAGUUCCUUACAAGGCGCACUCGCCGGCAAGAGUAAGUUGAGUUCAGAGCUUUCUUUUACUACCUCUGUGUUAAGACAAUUCUCGAACAAAAUGAGUCUACCAAAAGUAUAUUUCGAUAUGACCGCUGAUAGCCAACCUGUUGGAAGGAUCGUUAUGGAGCUCAGAAGCGACGUUGUUCCAAAAACAGCUGAGAACUUCAGAGCUCUCUGUACAGGAGAAAAAGGUUUCGGUUAUAGAGGAUCCACCUUCCAUAGAGUAAUCCCCAACUUCAUGUGCCAAGGAGGCGAUUUCACCAACCACAAUGGUACUGGAGGUAAAUCUAUCUAUGGAAACAAAUUCCCUGAUGAGAACUUCACCCUCAAACACACUGGUGCUGGAGUCAUGUCCAUGGCUAACGCUGGACCCGACACCAACGGAUCACAGUUCUUUAUCACCACCGUGAAAACCUCAUGGUUGGACAACAGACACGUUGUCUUUGGUUCAGUAGUAGAAGGCAUGGAUGUAGUUAAGAAACUUGAAGCUAUGGGAUCCCAGUCAGGAAAAACGACAAAGAAAAUUGUUGUCGCAGAAUGCGGUCAAUUAUCAUAAGUUACCUAUUUGAUUGUGUUUGGGGCAAAGUUUCAUUUCCCUAACUCGAAAACAUUUGUCAAUGUUGGAAAAUAUACUUGCGUCAUUAGUUUCACAACUUCCAAUCCCAAGUAAUCUUCAAUACUUGCCCUUAUCAAUCGAAAUGUAACUUUCUCUCAAAUUUUUUUAAUUUGAAUUAGAGAUAAAAAAAUUUUAUUACAUCUAUGCUAAGAAUCAUUCCAUCUAGUUAACUUGGUGUUAAUAAUUGAAAGUUUCCUCUUAGAGGUUUGUAUUGGGUUUUGUUUUGGCAAUAAGAAUCCUCCAUUUAAAAUACUUAGCAUGUAAUCUCUGCAUUUAUAAUGAGUCAACUUUGCAGUUAUAUUAAAAAUAAUCCCCAAUAAACUUAUUCUAAUUUAA